GUUAAAUGUGGAGAUGAAAUGUGGGGGGCACUGAGGUGCAGCUCAGUGGUAGAGUCUGGCAUGUGUGAGGCCCUGGUCCAAUCUCUAAUGAGGCCAAGUUCUUGGAGAAAGCUGGUCUAGAGAUGGGCGGGGAACUGUUGACAUGGAUGGUAGCCAUGUGUCAGCAUGAGUAGCCGUAUGGUAGCAUGGGGUGGACACACAGGUGCAUUGGCAGGUAUACCAUGGGAGGAGAGGGCUGAGGAUGGAGCCCCUUGGACUGUGGUGUUUAGAGGGAUGCAGGAGCCGAGGCUCAGGGGACUCGGGGAGUUGCAAAAGAAAGAGAAUGCCUCACUGGACCUAUCUGUCAAGGUCUCUGCUCAGAGGAUGGAGACCCUAACAUUUGUUUCUGUUGCGUUCACCCUGAGGUUCUUUUCCUUCCCUCAGGGUAAGGAGUCUUCCUGCUGAGGUCCAUCUGAGUUGACCCUGAUGCUCGUGGGCAUGUUGUCUGAGGGAACUGCUGUGGUCAGGGCGGUCUCUGGGAGCCUCCCUCUCCCAAAACACCAGGUCUUAGAGGAUGCAGGAAAUAGGGAAUCACAAGACAUGUCUCUCCUCUCUGGGAACACCCAGAGACAGCUGACGGGAUCAGAGCAGAGCUGGAGCUGUUGGGCUGUGGCCGGUGGUGGGUAGGGCUUCCCUGGGCAGAAUGGGCACAGACUGGGCCCUGGCUUCCUUGGCACUGGUGUUGUUUCUUGCAGCUGGACCAGAUCUGUAUUUCUUUUGACGAAGGCAAAACCACAAUGAACUUCAUCGAGGCUGCACUGCUGAUCCAGGGCUCAGCCUGUGUCUACAGUAAGAAGGUGGAGUACCUCUACUCGCUGGUCUACCAGGCUCUCGAUUUCAUCUCUGGCAAGAGGCGAGCCAAGCAGCUGUCCUCAGCGCAGGAAGAUGGGGCCAAUGGGACCACCAGCUUGGAGGCCCCCCAGGAGGCAGAGGAUGAGUUCCUAUCGCUGGACGACUUCCCUGACUCCCGUGCUAAUGUAGAUCUGAAGAAUGACCAGGUGCCCAGUGAGCUACUUAUUGUCCCUCUCUUGCCCAUGGCCCUGGUGGCCCCUGAUGAAAUGGAGAAGAACAGCAGCCCUCUGUACAGCCACCAGGGUGAGGUCCUGGCCAGCCGGAAGGAUUUCAGGAUGAACACGUGCACCCCUCACCCCAGAGGGGCCUUCAUGCUAGAGCCAAUGGGCAUGUGCCCCAUAGAGCCUGUGGGCACGUGCACCAUACCAAGAAACCAGAAGGAUGCCAGGAGGACCGAGGAGCAGCCAAUGGACGUCUCUGGGUGCCGGAAUCCUGUCACUGUGCUUGACUUCUCCCAGCAGCCAGGCACCGCUCCAGAAGGCCUAGCGCCCAGCAGUGGAGGUGAGGAGGAGGAGGAGGAGGAGGAGGUGGCGGAGGCGGCGGCGGUGGUGGUUGACGCAGUAGAACUCCCAGAGGCCAGAGCCCCCAAGGCCACGGUGGAGCCUGAGGAGCCCAGGAGCCCCCACCAGAGUGCUGUCCUGACCAGGAGGUACAUGUUGCGGGAGCGAGCCCCGGACCCCAUGUCCCGGCUAAAGGAGACCCCAGACCCUUGGCAGAGCCUAGACCCCUUUGACUCCUUGGACUCCAAGCCCUUUAAGAAAGACAGCCCCAGCCUGACCCCAGGCAGGCCGUACUCUGUGCCCCCUUGUGUGGAAGAGGCUCCAGGACAGAAGCGCAAGAGGAAAGCCACUGCCAAGCUACAGGACUUCCACCAGUGGUACCUGGCCACCUAUGCUGACCACGCUGACAGCAGGAGGCCCCGGAGAAAAGGCCCAACUUUUGCAGACAUGGAGGUUCUGUACUGGAAGCAUGUGAAGGAGCAGCUGGAGACCCUCCGGACAUUGCAGAGGCGGGAGAUAACUGAGCGGUGGCUGCCUAGGGCUGAAGAGGGCCUGUGGCCUGCAGAGGAUGACCGCCUGGAGGAGUCCUUGGAAGACCUGGGGGCAACAGCAGACGACUUUCUGGAACCUGAAGAGUAUGUGGAGCCCGAGGAGGCAAAGCCUGGGGAGGCUGCUGACCUGGAGGCAGAGGCCAUGCCAGAGUCCCUGAGCUACGAGGAGCUGGUUCGAAGGAAUGUGGAGCUCUUCAUCGCCAACUCCCAGAAGUUUGUCCAGGAGACAGAGCUGAGCCAGCGCAUCAGGGACUGGGAAGACACCAUCCAACCCCUGCUCCUGGAGCAGGAGCAGCACGUGCCCUUUGAUAUCCACACGUACGGGGACCAGGUGAUCUCACGAUUCCCCCAGCUCAACGAGUGGUGUCCCUUUGCAGAGCUGGUGGCAGGCCAACCUGCCUUUGAGGUGUGUCGCUCCAUGCUGGCCUCCCUGCAGCUGGCCAAUGACUACACAGUGGAGAUCAGCCAACAGCCAGGGCUGGAAGCAGCUGUGGACACCAUGUCUCUGAGACUGCUUACUCACCAGCGAGCCCACAAGCGCUUCCAGACCUACACAGCUCCCUCCAUGGCCCAGCCCUAAGCAGAAGCUGUGAUGGGAGGGUGGGCCAAUUCUCCCUGUGUGCUGAGAGCUUGCUUCUGCCUCCUGGCUGGCCCAGCCUAAUAAAAGUUGUGUUGCCAUCUCACCUACCCUUAAAACAAAACCCACUGAAAUUA